AUGGGGACGGGCCGAACGAUGUCUUCGAUCCUUUCGGGAUAUUCUCGGAAACAACCGGCGACACUCGGCUGGAAAGAAACUCCGCACUCCCACAUCUUCGAGAUCGAUCUUCCCGGCGUCAAAAAGGAGGACGUGAAGCUACAAAUUCAUGAAGGGAGAGCUGUUGACGUCAGUGCCGAAAUAAAAGAUGAAGAAGAAGAGGAGGAGAAAGGCGGGAAGACGCGGUGGCAUUGCCGAGAGCGGAGAUUGGGAAGAAAAUUUUUGAGGCAAUUCAGUCUGCCACGAAACGCCAAGGGCGAUGAGAUUAAGGCUUGGAUGCGUGACGGUGUGCUGGUUCUGGUAGUACCUAAAAUGUAUGAGCCAUACGUGAAGGGUAAGAAGGAGAUUGAGAUAUGGGGUUCAGGUCCAUGA